AUUUUUUGCUACGAGGGAUACAUUUCGAACAAUUGCAUUUAGCUACCGACUUGGAGAAACAACAGUUCGUAACUUAGUUUAUGGAACUUGUGAGGCUAUAUGGAAAAAAUUGGGACCGUUGGUAAUACCUUCUCCUUCAAAAGAAAGUUGGAUACAAAAUGAACAUGAUUUCCAAAGAUUAUGGAAUUUUCCCAACUGUAUUGCUGCCAUCGACGGAAAGCACGUAGUUACCGAUAAACCCCCUUAUAGUGGCUCAUUAUAUUUUAACUACAAAAAGAUAUUUAGUAUUGUUUUACUUGCAUUUGUAGAUGCACAUUGUAAAUUCACUGCCAUUGAUGUAGGCGCCUAUGGAAGAAAUAGCGAUGGUGGAAUAUUUGCAAAUUCUGCAAUUGGAAAGAAAAUGUUCAAAAAUAAUCUGGAUUUACCUCAAGAUAAAGCUUUACCUGGCACUAAUGUAAUUAUGCCUCAUGUCUUUGUAGGAGAUGAGGCUUUUCCUCUACACAAACAUUUAAUGCGACCUUAUCCAGGUGGCGAAAUACUGAAUAACGAAGAAAUUAAAAUCUUUAAUUACAGGCUCAGUAGAGCUAGACGUGUUUCAGAAAAUGCUUUCGGAAUUUUGACAAAGAGAUUUCGUAUUUAUCAAAGACGCUUGCAAAUUAUCCCUGAGCACCUCGAUAAAGUUGUACUUGCUACAUGUUGUUUGCAUAACUUUCUUCGAAAUGAUACAUGCCAUUGGACCGAAAACGACGAAGAUAAUCAACCCUCACACGGAUUAACAGAUAUGUCAGGAAUAGGUGGAACUUCAACUGCACUUGCAAUGGAGAUUAGAAAUACAUUUAAAAAUUACUUCUCUGGGACUGGUUCCAUAUCAUGGCAAAUGGCAACAGUUAGGAAAGGCAAAAGAAAUACGGCAGUCAAUAUUGAGACUGACACUUAG